AGACACCAACACAUGUGGUCAUAUUAUCCUUGUUUGCAUUUUCCAGACCAAGACCCUAACAAAGCAUAAAAGAGUUAAGAAGAAGUCCACACUUUUUCUUUCCCACCCCUUUUCUCACCAACAGAAAAAGAACGUAAAAGACAACCAAAAAACACCAAUUCUUGAUUUAAUUUCCCCAAAGGAAAAGUGAGAUGGGGGUAGUUGAAGAAGCACACAACGUGAAGAUUUUAGGAACAGGGGAUCGGACCAUAGUCCUAGCUCAUGGAUUCGGAACAGACCAAUCAGUGUGGAAACAUCUUCUUCCUCAUCUAGUUGACAAUUAUAAGGUUGUCUUAUUUGACAAUAUGGGUGCUGGAACUACCAAUCCUGACUACUUUGACUUUGAAAGGUACUCAACCUUAGAAGGAUACGCCUAUGAUGUGAUUGCUAUUUUGGAAGAACUCCAAAUUCCUUGUUGCAUUUACGUUGGUCACUCUGUUUCUGCCAUGAUUGGUGCUAUCGCUUCUGUUGCCCGUCCCGAUCUCUUCACUAAACUUGUCACCGUCUCUGGUUCUCCAAGGUAUUUGAAUGACGUGGACUAUUACGGUGGAUUCGAACAGGAAGAUCUGGAUCAACUGUAUGAAGCAAUGAGAUCAAAUUACAAGGCAUGGUGUUCUGGUUUUGCACCUUUAGCUGUUGGAGGUGACAUGGACUCUGUAGCGGUACAAGAAUUCAGCAGGACAUUAUUCAACAUGAGACCAGACAUAGCAUUAACCGUGGUACAAAUUAUAUUCCAAAGUGAUUUAAGGCAUAUGUUGCCACAUGUGACUGUUCCUUGUCAUAUAAUUCAGAGCAUGAAGGACUUGGCUGUGCCUGUGGCUGUCUCUGAAUAUCUCCACCAAAACCUUGGCGGCGAAUCGAUCGUGGAGGUGAUGUCAACGGAAGGCCAUCUGCCGCAGCUGAGCUCACCUGAUGUUGUUAUUCCGGUGUUGCUUAGGCAUAUUCGAUAUGAUAUUAAUGUUGAUUAAUAAUUAAUUAGUGUACUACAGUAGAAGGUAGUUGCUUGGUGUAAUUUAUUUGGGUUAUGUACAAAAUCAGUCUUGCUGCUUUGCUAAUUGCAAUUCUUAGCAAAGCAAUCCUAUGAAUGCAGCUGUGCAAAUUUCAAAUGAAGAUUAUGGGUAGGUAUCGAUCGAUCAAUAAAUCAAUCACGUUUCUCUUCUCAA